AUGAUGGUUCGUGUUGCUGGAAAUGCCACGGCUCUGCAGGAGGAUAGUGUUGUGAUCUGGGAUGCUCAAAAUACGGUCCACUCGCGGACCCUUGAAGGUGAGCCACUGGCCCCUCCAUGGAUGGCUCCCUCCACUGUGGAUGUUGCUGCUCGAACUGCCACGGUUGUUGGUGCCGCUGCUGAUGGUGGUGGUCGUUUUGGUGGUGAUUCGGCUGGAAAUACCACUGGUUAG